UUUAUCGGCACACACCGCGCUUAUUUUUCUUUCUUUCUUUCCCUCUCACAUUUCCACGGGGAGUCACAUCAAACGCAUUCAGCUGAACAUAUGUAUUUUGAAAUUAUUUGCUGAUGCCUCGCCAGUUCGCUUUUCCGUGUUUGUCAUUCGAUAUUCAAAAUAUUGCCUAAAUUUUUUCCGCUGAGUUUGCACUCUGUACAAGAAGGUCUGUUCUCUGUGGUGUUUCCGUGUCAAAUUCAACAAUGCUAUAGCAUUAUUCUCGCGCUCCGUGUUCGUGUGUUGAUUAAACUACAUUUUGAUGUGCUGUUACUGUUAAAUAAUAAUUUUACUUGGGCUUUCCAUGCCAUCGAUAGUUUUCGCGCGAAGAAGUUGUGAAGAGUUUCUUUUUUAAGUUUUAAUUUUUGUGAUCUCCACGUGAUGACGGUUAUGUGAUGCCCGAAGCAAUGAGGGGGUUUAAUGUUAGAAUUUGGGUGUUAGUUGUGAUAAUGCUCCUAAUAGGAUUCUAUGUGCUCACGACUCACUCUAAGGGGGAAACUCUUGUGGAAUAUGUGCCAAAUGUGCCUCAGCAAAUCACCAAAAAUGCCUCCCAAGUCAACGAGACCCACCAAAAUGCCACUGAACUGAAUGCCAAUGUCUUGGCUAAACUAAAGGAAUUACUAAACUGUGAUAACAAGCAAUAUCCAUCGAGAACGUAUCAACGAGGGAAUUACUGGGUGCUCGAGAAUUACGUGAGAGCAUCGCAUGGGAACAUAAAUUGCUACGAAUCAGUUACCUACACAACUCAUGGGGAUUUUACUUUUCUCGAUAAUGCCAUUCCGCUCGUCAAGAGAUGGCGAGCACCAGUGGGGAUGUCACUCUUUGCACCUGGAACGGACUUCAAGUCCACCGUGGACUCCAUUCGGUACCUGAGAGACUGCACGGGGGAAGAUGGGGAGCUCAUUAAGCAAUUCAUGACUUUCCACAUAUUUUUCCACGAAGAUCACAUUCCUGUCUCAAUACUAAGAGCUGAUGAAGUCCUCAAGGAGAGCUUCAAAUGCCCCGAAAUCCCACCAUAUGCGAGUGUUAAGGAGGAGAAUAUGUUUAAGAACCUCAAGCAUCUCACCUACCCCAUAAAUGUGGGAAGAAACGUGGCCAGAGAUGCGGCCAUCACACAUUUUGUCUUCCCCAGUGACAUUGAGCUGUAUCCCAGCUUGAAUUGUGUGCCCAUGUUCCUUGAAAUGAUUGCUAGGAAUGAAGGUCCUCUGCUGAAUAAAAAGCCCAGGGUCUUCCCACUGCCAGUAUUUGAAGUCAAAGAGACAGCUCGUGUUCCUGAUAAUAAAACGGAACUCCUGCAGAUGUUGCGGACAGAAGAUGCCAUCCUCUUCCACAAGAAUAUCUGCGCGAAUUGCCAUUCAGUGCCUGAAAGAUCAAAAUGGGAGAAAACACCACAGAAGGAGCGAAUGGAGAUCUCCGUGGUGGGAAAGCGCGAAGGAAGCUUCCAGCAUUGGGAACCAAUCUUCAUCGGUACAAACCGUGAGCCCUACUACGAGGAACGUCUCACGUGGGAGGGGAAACGCGACAAAAUGACCCAAGGCUACCAACUCUGUGUCAAAGAUUACGAAUUUCACGUUCUCAGCGAUGCCUUCCUCGUCCAUCGGCCCGGGAUCAAGCUCAUGGCAGCCGCCCGGAGACCUGAGCAUGAACAAACCACAAAUAGUCUGAUCGACAAGAAAAUCUCCCGUGAACUUCGCAUCCUCUUCGGCUACAAGAAGGGCUGUGUUAUAUAGUAUGUGUGAAGAGCAAUAAAUUUAGCCACCCCCGCAACUUUCAUGAUGAAAA